AUGCACCUCUGCGGUCUUGCCUGGCAAUUUUUCUUCACCUCUAGAUGGAAUCAACCCUACUACCCGCCAGUCAACCACAAUGCUGCGGGCCGCCUGAAAGACACAGCUACCAACUUGAAGAGCGACCAAGGAUUCGCCGUGAACAUCAUCAGCGAGGCAUUCGUCGAGAAUGUAAAUGCGACUGCCAUAGACACUCCUCCCUAG